UAGUGGAGUGCCUCUCGGGGUGAGCGUUACGCGGAGUGACGCUGAGUAACUAACGGCGGGGCGAAGAGUGCAGCCGAAGAGAUUGAGCACGUAGUGUAAUCGUGUAGCCGAGGGUCCACACUGACGUUGGGAUGCUCUCAGUGCUACCCUUCUGUUUGGUUUCCUUCGCAUCGCUGUUUCUUCCCCCGCACGCACUCCAGUGUCCGGUAGCGAGAUAGAUAGUGCAUCUGAUGUUGCUUGUGGAUGUGGACUAACCCAGCAUGCGAGCGGGGAGCACGCGCCGGCCGCACAGAUUCGAGCGUCGCCCCGCGCGUGCCCUGACGCGGCUCAUCGCCUCUCCGCUGUAAGCCGGGUGGCGGGAACGCGACGCAGGCCAGGGGAGAGAAGGCCGAGAGCAGCCUCUCCUGAGUCCGUGAGUAGCGGGAAGGAGCUUCGCACUCGAGCGUCGCGGCCGUGUGAGCGUGUGGCCUUGUGACCGCGUGGCCUUGUGACCGCAGGCACCCCGCCGCUGGCUCUGGUGCCGCCGCUGUUGUGCCACCUCCUGCGGAAGGCGGCGACCCCGGCGCUAGGGCCCCUCGGGGUGGCGACCCUCAGCCUCGAGUUCGACCAUGCUGAUAUAGUGUUGCAAAAAUGCAGAAGUGGAUUAUGAAGAACCUCGGCGGUGGCGGGGACGGCGGGGGCGGUGGCGGGCGCAAUCCGCCACCCGUGAGUGUGAGCAACUCAGGCAAGGGGCGUGCGUCCCUGCGGGACACGCAGGCGGCGCUCUCGUCGGCCCUCGAGACCAUCGCCAUGAAGGACAAUAUCAUCCAGCGGCUGGAGGAGGAGGUCCAGGCCAAGGAGGCCAAGAUCGCGGCGCUGACCACCAAGCUGGAUAAGCUGAAGUCGGUGCUGCCGCCGCCCGCCACGGCGCGCGCGGGCGGCCAGCGCCGCUCGCUCUGGACCUCCGACGCCUACCGCAACAACAACAGCGAGCAUCACAACCGCAACAGCCUGCAGAAUGACCGCACCAUGAUGACCGCGCCCGCGCUGCGGCGUGGCCUUGGCGUGGAGGGCGUGAGCGAGGGCGCCGAGGCCAGGGUCAAGAGGACGGCCAUCUCGGCCGAGCCCGCCAACGACGACAUCGAGGACUUCUACGACCCCGACUACGCGCCCGUGGCCGUGCCCAAGUCACCCGAAUCGAAGGAGCUGCUCCGCCAGGCGAUCCUCGACAAUGACUUCCUCAAGAACCUGGAGAUGGCGCAGGUCAAGGAGAUCGUCGAGUGCAUGUACAGCGUCGAAUACGCGGCGGGCUCUCUCAUCAUCAAGGAGGGGGACAUCGGCUCCAUGCUCUACAUCAUGGAAGAUGGGCGCGUGGAGGUCAGCAAAGAAGGGAAGGUCAUAAGCCACAUGUCUCCCGGGAAGGUGUUUGGCGAGCUGGCCGUUUUGUAUAACUGCAAGAGAACAGCCACGAUAAAAGCCGCGACGGGAUGCAAACUGUACGCCAUCGACCGGAAGUGCUUCCAGACCAUCAUGAUGCGCACGGGCCUCAUCAGGCAGGCCGAGUACACAAACUUCCUCAAGAGCGUGCCCACCUUCCAGUCCCUUCAGGAGGAGACGCUCAUCAAGAUCGCCGACGUCUUGGAGGAGACCUUCUACACCAAUGGCGACUACAUCAUCCGCCAGGGAGCUCGGGGAGACACAUUCUUCAUCAUCAGCAAAGGCAGAGUGAAAACCAUCAUAGAAAAAACAACAUGCAAAUGACUAAAAAAUAAAUUUUAAUCCCAGUCUGGUAGAAUGAUAUCAGAGUUAAUCACACUGACUUUGCUUUUCAGAGAGGAUAUCCGAACAGCCAACAUCAUUGCAGAUGACCCAGAUGGUGUAACGUGCUUGGUUAUUGACCGAGACUCCUUCAAUCAGCUCAUCGGAAACCUGGAUGAGAUACAGCAACGCUAUGGAGCUGUUGAUCUCUCAAGGAGGAAGAUGAACGAGGAGUUCACAAACAUCAACCUGUCAGACCUCCGUAAAAUUGCAACAUUGGGUGUUGGCGGUUUUGGAAGAGUGGAGCUCGUACAGAUUGCUGGUGAUUCCAGCCGUUCCUUUGCUCUGAAACAAAUGAAGAAGAGCCAGAUUGUUGAGACCCGACAACAACAACACAUCAUGUCAGAGAAAGAGAUAAUGAUGGAAGCAAAUUGCGACUUCAUUGUCAAGCUCUUCAAGACAUUUAAGGAUCGCAAGUACCUUUACAUGCUGAUGGAGGCUUGUCUUGGUGGAGAACUUUGGACAAUCCUAAGAGACAGAGGUAACUUUGAUGACCAAACAACUCGCUUCUACACAGCUUGUGUUGUGGAAGCCUUUGACUAUCUGCACUCACAGGGCAUCAUCUACCGUGACCUGAAGCCAGAGAACUUGCUCCUUGAUCUCAAAGGAUAUGUUAAACUAGUAGAUUUCGGCUUUGCAAAGAGGCUCCAGGUUGGAAGGAAAACAUGGACCUUCUGCGGCACCCCAGAGUACGUAGCCCCAGAAGUCAUCUUAAACAAAGGUCAUGAUAUCUCCGCUGAUUACUGGUCACUCGGUGUCCUUAUGUUUGAGCUUUUAACAGGUACACCACCUUUCACAGGCCCAGACCCCAUGAAAACCUACAAUUCCAUCUUGAAAGGUAUUGACGCAGUAGAGUUCCCAAGAAACAUAACUCGCACUGCUAAUGCCCUAAUCAAGAGGCUCUGCAGAGACAACCCUGCCGAGCGUCUUGGCUAUCAGCGCGGGGGCAUCAAGGAUAUACAGAAGAACAAGUGGUUUGAAGGUUUCUACUGGGAAGGUCUAAAGAACCGCACUCUGACACCCCCCAUUGUCCCCAACGUUCGUUCUGUGAUUGACUGCAGCAACUUUGAUGAGUACCCACCAGAUAGCGACGGUCCGCCUCCAGAUGACAAUUCUGGAUGGGACAUAGACUUCUAAAUUAUCUGUUGUGUGAUGCCAGUGCUUUUUAAGACAUUUAGAUGACACUUUUUCCUUCUCUUUUUUUAUAAUAUAUUUCUAGGGUAAAAUAGAUAAGUUCAUUCUCAUUAUAGUACUAGUGUCAUAAUUACUUUUUUACUACUUUUUUUUUUUAACUUGUAUUUCAGGCACAGUUGCUUGUUAAUGGUUAUCAUUAUUUUUUUUUUUGGAGAUGUCUUCAAAAUGUCUAGCACUGUACUCAAUUUUAUUUUAUUUUUUUUUGUGUCCUUGUGUGUUGUGACAGACUUGCCAUGAGAAUAUAGCCAAGGAUGUGCCUCAGUCACCAUGCGAGGAGCUUGAGGAGCCAACAAAGCUAGAAGACAGUCAAGUAGAUGUAUUUUGUUUACAAACAGCUCCAUCAUUUGCUGACUAUAAAGGGCUAAGGUCACAAGAUGUUUUAUUUCUUUUUUAUUAUUAUUAUGAUAAACGUUAAUCAUUGUUAUUCAUCUGGUGCUCCUGAUUUCAAAGCAAGAUGCACAAAAGAAUAAUUGGCAGUGUAAUCUGAAACUGAAGCAAGGUUGGCCAGUGUUGGACUGUGUGUGAAUGCAAGAAGUGGUAAAUUUCACAGAGACAUUUCGUGUGAAUGUAUUUAUAUAAAUUUUGCAGUAUAUAUCAUGAAAAAAAAAUCUUUGUACAUUCACAAAUAUGGUUAGCUCAUAGUGAAGAGGAAGAUGUCUGCAUUUUUUUUUCUUUUUUUUUUUCUUUUUUUGAAAGUGUCACAGCUUACUCAGGAAGACUAAACAUGGUGCCUUAACAGAGUGAGUGUUAAAAAAAAAUACUGUGUCAUUUUUGCUCCUGCCUCUACAAGUACUUCAGAUUAAGAUGUUCAUAUCGCUUUCUCAAGAUCUUCCAACGGCCUUCUCCACCAUUGUGAUAAUGUACUUUGUAUCCUGUUUGACCGUUCUAACGUGGGUAGUAGGUUUUUUGUUCCUUGGAAGUGGAAAGAUGUAGUUGUAUAUCUUGUUAACUCAAAUGCAGCCAGACUUCAGUUUUCUAUUAAGUUGGUGCUUAACAAUUGCAGAAAACCAUGCUAACAUCAAUAUUUUUCAUUAUUUUUAUUUACUUUUACUGUUAUAAUUUUUUUUUGUAAGUGUAAAUAAAUUUAUUUAAAAUGAAUGGUGCUUGAUGAAUAAUUGAAGUACAUCAAAUUAGUGCUUCUUUGGUUGUUUAGUGGUCCAUGGGCUCUGUGUAUUCUUUUAGUAUAAUUUGUGAUAGAUUUCACACAACUUUGUACUUCAAAGCUUCAGAUUCUUCUCUCCCUCUCUUCCUCUCUUUCUCAAAAUCACAUCUCUUCUCAAUGAUAUUAUAUAUGAUUAGCUAGUACUCAGUAAAUUAUUGCUAUAGUUAUUGCAUAACUAACAAGAGCUAGACUUCUUCAGUAUUUGUACAUUCUGUGUAAUAUCAUCAUUAGUUAUUUAUCAGAGAGACUUUCCACUUACAAUAAAAUUAUGAAAUAUUGUUUAAGCAUAAUACAAAAAGGAUGGACACGCUAUUUUUUAUUAUAUUUUUUUUUCCGAAACAUUGUGCAAAAUUUAGUGUGACCUUUAUGCCUUGGAAAAUGUUAUAUAGGUUGUUUAAUGAUCAUUACAGUUACAGGGAACUUACUUGUGGCAGUACAAGGCACCAUCACCUUGAACUUUUCAACAUAAAAAUCUCUUAUUAUCUCUAUAUAUGUAUAAAGCGAUUCAGAGUAUAUGACUUAAAUUCUUGAAUGCCUGUACUACAUGCAACAAAUUCCUGUUUGUUGAUGAUUCAAUAUAGGUUGUCAGGUAAUUGUUAAGUCGGUGAAUAUUUGAGAGUAAGCAAAUGAACUGACUUAAGUAUAAUAGUUUCUAUUGUGAAUGUAAAUAUUUUAUAUUAAGAUGGUUUUUAAAGAUUGUAUGUAGCUUGAAUUUUAAGAUAAAUUUGCAUUUCAUUGGAAAUGUUUCUGUGUGUUUAAACUGUUAUUUGAUCUUUGUGCAUUUCCUACAGUGUACCCAACAUGGACCAUAGAUUUAGUUAAUUAUGCUAAAGUGGGAAAUAAUCAUUUUUUCUCUCAGACUGUUAGAAAAACAGUUAAAAAAUACAUUAGAUCAAACAGGAAUGUAAUUGUUAUGAAUAGCUGCAGUAUAAAAUGACACAAAGUAGAUAUUUGUCAAUACCUAUAAAACAAAAAAACAAAAAAACAAAAACAAUAAAAACAAGCUGAAGAAAUGUUCAGUUAAGAAGUCUUGGACUGCAGUUGUAUUGCUUAUACCACUGUAUGCAAGUUACUGUAUAAUUUUACAUUGGUGCAUUGUUUGUUUCUUAGUGCAAUGUUUAUUUAUAAAACUUUAAUAUAAUGUAGAAUGUUUUUAUUUGUAAAAGGAUAAUUAACCACAUCAUAAAUCCAUUUAAAUUGUGCUUUGAUAGCCAACUAAGCAGAGUAAAACUCAUUUGUAUAUGCCAAAACACUGUUAUCCUCUGGUGUAAUAUGUAAAACCACAUUGAUAUUUUUCAAAGUACCAAUAAGAGAAAAGUCAUUGUUGUAUUCCCAAAGACCCUGCACACACUUGAAAACUUUUCAGAUGUACUUCUGGGCAAUUAUGCAAAGGAGAAAUAGGGUAAAAAUCUUACUAUGUAGGUCUUUCUUUUCAUGUGAGAUCAGUGUGGGCAUCAGGCUACAAGUUCAGAAGAUAAAAGAGUAUAAAACAUUGGUUUAAAAAAAAAAAAGUAUGGUUAUUCUUUAAAAAAAAAAAAAAGGAAAUUGAGAAAGGGACAUAAUUUAGCUGUCUCCAGUUUUCAAAAUAAAUCUUUGAAGUUUUCAAGUAUAAAAAUGCAGAUUUAAAAAUAUACCCUAUGUAUGUAUAUUAUUUGAUAUCAAGCAUGAAUCUCUCUGGUAUGAAUUAUGUAUACUUUUUACACCAAUGAAAUAAUAUCUGAUAAAGUCAGCUGAUCGCUCAACGUACAUGAUCUCAAGUAUAUAGAGAAGCCUGCAAGUCACAAAGUUGUUACUAGUUGGUACCAUUAUUUUGCACAAAGACUAAUAAAACUGAUGAUUUUUUUCAUCCUGCUGUGCUCCAGGUCUGAAUUCUUAAAUAGAGAUUGAUAUUCAAGAAAAAAAAUAUUGUUGCACCUUCCUGUUUUUUUUCUUACUGUCUUUUCCCUAUGAAAAUUGUUUAAAGUACUUACAUCAGCUCAAUCUCUGUAUGAGAAUUUUAGCUCAAUCUGCGAGUAUUGUGUCAUCACCAAGUGCCUCAAAAUUAUAUGUAAGUCCAAAUAUGCCAAUCCUAAAGCAUAAGAUUUACAAUGGAAUCAAUUGUUGAUAUUCUAUGCAGAGGCUAAGAGCUUGAAUAAUAAAAUGUGGAAUGGA